GUCGUCCUGUUUACUAGUCUUGAUCCAGCUUUCAACUUCUCUCUCCUCUCCCAAUUACCCGCCUCGCCUUUUCAAUAUAAACCCUACCAUUCCGCCCUCUUCCUCCGCCUUCCCCUCCUUUCGCGCAGCGAUCGACAAAGAACGAACGGAGGAAAUCUCGUGCCCGAGACGCUUUCGGAGGACUAGGGCGAAUCGAUUGAAGCGAAGAUGGUGGGAAGCGUGGGAAAUGGCUUGUUGGAUCUGGGGGGCAGGGAGAAGGUGGAGCCGCUGCCUAAGGAGUUCGAUCCCGAGGAGAUCGUCGAUUCCUUGCUGCAUUCGGAGUCCAACAUAGUUGGAAAAGAGGAGGACGGGACGAGCAGAAAAAUAGUGUUGGGGAGGAAUGUGCACACAAUGUGUCUCGAAGUUAAAGAACCAGAGGCCGACGAUGAGAUUACUGGGGAGAGGGAAGCGUAUAUGGCCGGUGUCCUAGCAAGGUACAGAAGAUCCCUCAUUGACAGGACCAAGCACCAUCUAGGUUACCCGUACAAUUUGGACUUUGAUUAUGGUGCUCUUAUCCAUCUGCAACACUUUUCCAUCAACAACCUAGGUGACCCAUUCAUUGAGAGCAACUACGGUGUGCAUUCUAGGCAAUUUGAAGUUGGAGUGUUGGACUGGUUUGCUCGGCUGUGGGAAUUGGAAAAGAAUGAAUACUGGGGUUAUAUUACAAACUGCGGCACUGAAGGAAAUUUGCAUGGUAUCCUUGUUGGGAGAGAGGUCUUUCCCAAUGGCAUUUUGUAUGCCUCAAAAGAAUCUCAUUACUCGGUUUUCAAAGCUGCAAGGAUGUAUAGAAUGGAGUGUGUGAAGGUUGCCACUCUGGUGUCUGGUGAAAUCGAUUGCACAGAUUUUAGAGCUAAGUUAGUCCAGAACAAGGAGAAGCCAGCCAUUAUUAACAUCAACAUUGGAACCACUGUCAAGGGGGCUGUCGAUGAUCUCGAUCUGGUCAUACAAACUCUUGAAGAAAAUGGAUUUAAAGAUCGGUUCUACAUUCAUUGUGAUGGUGCUCUCUUUGGGCUCAUGAUGCCAUUUAUCAAACGUGCACCAAAAGUGACGUUCAAGAAGCCUAUCGGAAGUGUGAGUGUGUCAGGUCACAAGUUCGUGGGAUGCCCGGUGCCUUGUGGCGUUCAAAUUACGAGAUUGACACACAUCAACGCCCUCUCCAGUAACGUUGAGUAUCUUGCUUCCAGGGAUGCCACCAUCAUGGGAAGUAGAAAUGGCCAUGCCCCAAUCUUCCUCUGGUACACCCUCAACAGGAAAGGUUAUCAAGGUUUCCAGAAGGAAGUUCAGAAAUGCUUAAGGAAUGCUCAUUAUCUGAAAAACCGUCUGAAAGAGGCAGGGAUUGGUUCGAUGCUCAAUGAGCUUAGUAGCACCGUUGUGUUUGAGAGGCCAAAAGACGAGGAUUUCAUCAGGCAGUGGCAACUUGCUUGUGAGGGAAACAUCGCACAUGUAGUGGUAAUGCCGAAUGUCACCAUUGAGAAGCUCGACUAUUUCUUGCGCGAACUACUUGAGAAACGCUCACACUGGUAUCAGGAAGGCACAAUCUCACCUCCUUGUCUCGCUGCGGAGAUAGGCGAGGCCAAUUGUUUGUGUUUCUCACAUAAGAAUUAAUAAUGCCUUCUAUUGCUAGUCCUUUUGCAUGCUUUUCUCGCUGUUAGCUAUUGGUGUGAUGGGCUCGACGUUAGGAGAUUGUCUUGUGUUAAGGAAAAAGAACGAAUAAUGCUUUCUAAGAAAGUUUCCUAAUGUGCCUGAAUGACAUUUGGUUUGUUAGUGGCCAUUGUAUUUAAUACUUUAAAAGAGAGAUUUUGUCCUA